GAGCUGCAGUCAGCAGGGCUGUAGUCUGCAGGGGGACAGACGCUGCUCGGUUCUGUGGGGGAAAGAUGGUUUCGAUCAAGUCUACGUCUCUGGUGCCGGUGUCCGGGGCUCAGGCUCUGCUCGGGGGGGUUUGCCUGACCGUCGCCCUGCUCGCCUUCCUGCUGGUCCGGCAGCUCUUCAAGCAGAGGAGACCCCCGGGCUUCCCCCCCGGUCCCUCUCCCAUCCCUGUCAUAGGAAACAUACUGUCCCUGGCCACUGAGCCGCACGUCUUCCUCAAGAAGCAGAGUGAAGUUCAUGGACAGAUUUUCAGUCUUGACCUGGGAGGCAUCCUGACUGUGGUGUUGAAUGGAUAUGAUUGUGUGAGGGAAUGUCUCUACCAUCAGAGUGAGGUGUUUGCUGAUCGCCCGUCGCUGCCUUUAUUCAAGAAAAUGACCAAAAUGGGCGGCCUUCUGAACUGUAAAUAUGGCAAAGGCUGGAUUGAACACCGCAAACUGGCGUGCAACUCUUUCCGUUACUUCGGCAGCGGCCAGAGGCUGUUCGAGAGGAAGAUCUCAGAGGAGUGCAUGUUCUUUGUCGACGCCAUCGAUAAGCACAAGGGGAAGCCCUUCAAUCCCAAACACCUCGUGACCAACGCCGUGUCCAACAUCACCAACCUGAUCAUCUUCGGACAACGCUUCACCUACGACGACCACAACUUCCAGCACAUGAUCGAGAUCUUCAGCGAGAAUGUGGAGUUAGCAGUGAGCGGCUGGGCCCUUCUCUACAACGCCUUCCCGUGGAUUGAGUAUGUGCCGUUUGGAAAACACCAGAAGCUGUUCCGCAACGCUGCAGAGGUUUAUGAUUUCUUACUGCAGGUGAUACAGACUUUCUCUCAGGGCAGGGUGCCACAUGCACCUCGGCACUAUGUCGAUGCCUAUUUGGAUGAGUUGGAACAGAAUGCAGGAGACCCUAGUUCGUCUUUUUCCUACGAGAACCUCAUCUAUUCAGUUGGCGAGCUCAUAAUUGCUGGAACAGAGACCACAACCAACACCCUGCGCUGGGCCAUGCUGUACAUGGCCCUCUACCCCAACAUUCAAGAGAGGGUGCACAAAGAGAUUGACAGCGUUCUCUCCAACGGGAGGGCGCCCACGCUGGAGGACAAGCAUAGGAUGCCCUUCGUGGAAGCCGUUCUGCACGAGGUCCUUCGCUUCUGCAACAUCGUGCCGCUUGGUAUUUUCCGUGCCACCUCCCAGGAUGCAAAAGUCAAAGGGUACUCGAUUCCUAAAGGCACCAUGGUGAUAACGAACCUCUACUCGGUGCACUUUGAUGAGAAGUACUGGAACGACCCCGGCGUUUUCUUACCGCAGAGGUUUCUGGACAGCAACGGCAACUUUGUGAAGCGUGAGGCCUUCCUUCCCUUCUCCUUGGGGAGGCGUCAUUGCUUAGGUGAACAACUGGCCCGGAUGGAGAUGUUCCUUUUUUUCACCACUUUGCUGCAGAGGUUUCACCUCCAGUUCCCUCCAGGAACCGUCCCCACCCUCACUCCCAAACUGGGCAUGACCUUACAGCCCAAACCCUACUCCAUCUGUGCCGUCCGCCGACAACAGAGAGUCCCGUCCUCUGGAGACACUCCUUACUACAACGACCAAGGUGGCUCUUCAGCUGAGCACGUGAUCCAGUCUAUUCAGAGCUGGGAAAAAGAGAUGUCUAUGAACCUGGGUGCAGCCGCGAGGGGUUUGGUGCAUGUCAAUGAUUGACAGUAAGUACACCCACUGUGGUUCAAAGCCCUGCCUUCUUGGGACAGCGUCAGGUCAGACAGAUGACACCACAAAUUCGUACGUGUGGGGCGAAACAGGACGAACACACUUUCCAGGAAAGUUCUGGACACUGUACUGGAGCUGGACACAGGCCAAGAUUUACGUCACCUGGACUGACUCUGACCCCGUCUCCAGGGAGAGCACACGGUGGAAACUCUUUCUCUUAGAAAUGCAACAAAUGCAACCCUGGUGGAUUUCUAGAAACUGACAAUGCAAUACUGAUUUCUGCUAAAUGGUGCUUAACAGUACUAACAAAGUACUGCAUUUGUGUGUUUAGGUUAACUUUUGUUUGUCUUUUUUUGUAAUGCUGGUGUUUAUUUUUUGUGUCAAUUCAUAAAGUCUUUGUUAAG